AUGGAGCCAAACACUACUACUACAUCCGUUGAGAAGAAGAAGGUCGCCGUCAUCAUUGGCAGUGGCAGAACCCACAGACAUGGAGAGACCAUCACCAACUGGUUCGUCGAGACCACCAAGCUUGCUGAGCUAUACAACGUCGAGAUCAUCGAUCUCGUCAAGUGGAACCUCCCAUUCUACGACGAGGUGUUGGCACCAAUGGCCUUGGGCGGUAACUACACUACUGAGCAUGGAAAGAAGUGGCAAUCAACUAUUGCCUCGAUGGACGCUGUUGUCGUCGUGACACCAGAGUACAACCACGGAUACACUGCCAUCUUUAAGAAUGCCAUUGAUUACUUGUACAGAGAGUGGCAAGGAAAGCCCUUGUUGGUCGUGUCCUACGGCUUUGGCGGUGGUGUCAGCGUCAGCCAGCAGGUCGUCGACAUCAUGACCGGCACCAGCCCAAUCCAGAUGCGUGCCGUUCCCACCCGUCCACAACUCUGCUUCUCGCGUGCCAUGUUCAACGAGCAAGGCAAGAUUGCCAACUUUGAUGCCUUUGAGGCCCAGCGUGAGAACAUCACCAAGUCCAUCCAAGAGUUCACCGAUUUGAUCAACACCCCAUUCACAUGGCAGCCACCAAAGUGGUAA